AUGCCAAUUAAGCGACACGGCAUCCGGAAAAAAGAGCCUUCGGAUAUGGACAUUACAUGUUUAACCCUCUAAACACCGCAUCACUUCCGCCGUUUCCCUUCUUUUCAUCCCUCCAGCAUCAUCCGUCGAUCUCACGUCUUCUGUAAGUUCAGUGUUGAGAGAAAUGUCUGCUGCCGGGGAUGUGAAUGCCUUUCUUCAGACGAUGGGAAGCCCCAGUCAGCCUCGACAGAAAUUCUGUGGUGUGUUCUGCCCGGUGGAGGGCUCGACAGAGCCCAAAACAGUGGACUUUGAUCCGCACUCCUCGGGGAAGGGUCGUGUGAUAGAGAGGCAGAAAGAUAUCUCCAAACCACGAAAGGUUGAGAUCAGAAGAAGUACCGGUAAAGAGAUUCUGCAGAACCUAAAUGACGAGAGUGAUCGUCUCCUGAUUAAAGGAGCUAAGAUCGUCAAUGAUGAUCAGUCAUUCUGUGCGGAUAUUUAUAUGGAAGAUGGCCUGAUCAAGCAGAUUGGAGAAAAUCUGAUAGUACCUGGCGGGGUGAAAACCAUCGAUGCCCAUGGGCGUAUGGUGAUGCCAGGUGGCAUUGAUGUGCACACACGCUUCCAGAUGCCCGACAGGGGCAUGACGGCAGCAGAUGAUUUCUACCAAGGCACGCGCGCUGCCCUGGCCGGAGGAACCACAAUGAUCAUCGACCACGUGGUGCCUGAACCAGGAACGAGUUUGAUCUCAGCCUUCAAUCAGUGGCGUGAAUGGGCGGACAGCAAAGCCUGUUGUGAUUAUUCUCUCCACGUGGACAUCACCGAAUGGCACAGAGGCGUCCAGGAGGAAAUGGAGGCCCUCGUCAAAGAUCACGGAAUUAACUCUUUCCUCGUCUACCUGGCUUACAAAGAUGUUUUUCAGCUCACUGACUCACAGAUCUAUGAAGUGUUUAGUGUAAUUCGGGACCUUGGGGCAAUCGCUCAAGUCCAUGCCGAGAAUGGUGAUAUUAUAGCCGAGGAACAGCGUAGGAUUUUGGAGUUGGGCAUCACCGGGCCAGAGGGACAUGUUCUCAGUCGGCCAGAGGAGGUUGAGGCAGAAGCAGUCAACCGCUCUGUAACGGUGGCCAAUCAGACCAAUUGCCCACUUUACAUUACCAAAGUGAUGAGCAAGAGUGCUGCUGAUGUCAUCGCUCAAGCCAGGAAGAAAGGCACCGUAGUGUAUGGAGAGCCAAUCACAGCCAGUCUGGGCACGGACGGCUCGCACUACUGGAGCAAGAACUGGGCCAAGGCCGCCGCCUACGUCACAUCCCCACCCCUGAGUCCGGAUCCGACCACACCAGACUACCUAAACUCACUGUUGUCAUGUGGGGACCUGCAGGUUACAGGAAGCUCUCAUUGUACCUUUAAUACAGCCCAAAGAGCUGUGGGGAAAGAUGACUUCACCCUUAUUCCUGAAGGAACUAAUGGCACUGAGGAAAGAAUGUCCAUCAUCUGGGACAAAUGUGUGGUAACUGGAAAAAUGGACGAAAAUCAGUUUGUGGCCGUCACCAGCACCAACGCCGCCAAGAUCCUCAAUCUGUACCCACGCAAGGGUCGCAUCGCUGUGGGCUCAGAUGCCGAUCUGGUUCUUUGGGAUCCUGAUGUCACAAAGAUUAUCUCAGCGAAGAGUCACAAUUCGGCAGUGGAGUACAACAUUUUUGAGGGUACGGAGGUGCGCGGAGGACCCCUGGUUGUCAUCAGCCAAGGAAAGAUUGUAUUGGAGGAGGGCACCCUUCAUACUACUGAGGGAUCUGGACGUUACGUGGCCCGUAAGCCCUUCCCUGACUACGUUUACAAGAGGAUAAAGGCUCGCAGCAGGCUUGCUGAACUGCGGGGCGUCCCGCGGGGUCUUUACGAUGGACCCGUCUGUGAAGUAUCAGUUACGCCUAAGGCUCUGACCCCCGCGUCCUCUGCCAAGACCUCUCCGGCCAAACAAGCUGGUCAACCCGUCCGCAACCUGCAUCAGUCUGGGUUUAGCCUUUCUGGUGCGCAGGUUGAUGACAACCUGCCUCGUCGCAACACCCAGCGCAUCGUUGCUCCCCCUGGUGGCAGGGCCAACAUCACUAGCCUGGGUUAGACCUCCCUACAUCCAACCGGAGAAUAAUAGGGGUGUUGGGGGGUAGGAUGUUGAUUAAUGGAGGUGUUUGCCUAAACCACUGUCCUAUCAAGAGACGAACCCUCCGAAGGGCCUACGAUUCUCCACAACCCCUUACCUCUCACCCCAUCCCUCCAUUUUCUCACACUACACCACUUCCUAAAGAAGACAUCUAGAGAUAAAAGUACUUGCCUCGUUCGAAGAAACAAUGUAACAUCCACAUCUGAGCACGUCUGAUUGUAUGAUUUUUAUACUGUACUUUCUACCCACCAUGAGUCAUGUUAUUAUUUUUGUAUUUAACUUUAUUUGCUUUCGAGGGAUCAAGUGAGUGGAAAAGCUGUUGUUUGUCAUUGUUACCUAUUAACAAAGCAAGGGUUAGAGUACUGCGUUCGAUCACAAAGAGAAUGUCAUCGUUUUUGGCUUUAUUAGAAAUGUCUCCAUUUUUAUUCAAACGAUCAGUAAACAAACACCUGACCAUUGCCUUUCCAUGGCAUUUAAUGCGAUCGUUACUGUAAAAACCUUUCCCAAUGCUUAACCCACAAGCCGCUGUAAAUAAAAACACGCAGAACCUUUUUAAAUUAACACAGCUAAUGAUGUUAAUAACUAAGGAAAUAGUGUAAAAGAUGGAGAGCUAGUCAAAUUUGAUACGCUUGUAUUGGCCACAAGUUGAAAUUAAAACGUCUUUUUCACCUUAAUACGUAAAGGCUGUAAAUGAUAUGCAGCAAAGAUGGUAGCUAGAAGAAAAGAAAUGAGUUUAGAUCAAGUAUACGAUUGAUAAUGAAGUCUUUUUGUGUUACGCCCCUCAUGAAGUUGUUAAUGAGAGAUGAUGUUACCUCUUAAUGUCUGAGUCCAAAACCCAGACUUGUUUCUGUACAGUAUGAGUAUGCCAUAAGAGUUAUUUACUCAAACAUUUACAGUAUUACAUAAUUAUGCAGCUACUUUCCCAGACAGCAGACGACUCCAAGCCGGAUCCGCUCCGAAGUGGGCAGAUCCGGCCCGGGGUCUUCUGCGGUCUGGGUUCUAUGUCAGCAAAUGUGAUUUCGCUAAACUUACGCUUACAUUGAUAGAAACCUUUUGUAUCUUUUACUCUUGAGCUGUGCCUAAGAUGUACCAAUCCUUUUUAAUAUUCUUGCAUAAGCUUGCUCACGUCUUCUGUUAAAAAAGGCUGUAAAAUGGCCAGUUAACCGAUACGAAGGUGCCAGAUAUUUCCCUUAACUCCUUUUUUCGUUAUACUUUGUUAUUGACAUCCAUUUUAGUGUCGUAAUAAAAUGCAACAUAGGCUAUAGUCAUAACAUCAGAAUUAACCAUAAUCCACAUCUUCUGGCUGGUGCUAGUUAUUUACAAGCCAGACACAGAAUGCAUAGUAACAAGUAAAAGUAGGCUUUAAGUGGUUUUAAUGUGCCUUGCUUAAUCUCCAAACAGAUUAGCGGUAGCAAACCGAUGCUCUCAUCCUCUUUUCCUUUUGGUUGCUUUUCAUUUCCUUUCACUGUGUUCUGUUUUUCAUUUGGUAAACCCGUCCCCCAGUUGUUUUCUUUUCCUUUGCACAUCGCCGGCAAAAUCUUGGCCGACAUCAUCAUUCUCCAUUGCUUGGCUUUUCCUCUGUGACUCAAUGCAACACACAUGUACACAUAGAGACACACUUUCUUCACACUUAAAGGGAUAGUUCACCAAUAAAAACGAAGGACCGUCAGCAUUUACUUACCCUUA